GACAGAAAGCUGAGGACUUUAUAUAAAGGUGGGUGGGGGUUGUGGGGCUUUCAAUUGGGUCCUUUAGAAUUAAGUUGCAGCAUACUAUUGGAGGUGAAGCAUAGCAGCUGGGUGGCUGGUUGGCUGUAGUGGGAAUUAGCUUGUGUUAAUUAGUGGGUGGUAAGCUAGCUAGCUAGUGAUCACCGAUGGGCAGACAGCCUUGCUGUGACAAGCUCGGGGUGAAGAAGGGCCCGUGGACGGCCGAGGAAGACAAGAAGCUCAUCAACUUCAUCCUCACCAAUGGCCAGUGCUGCUGGCGGGCUGUCCCCAAGCUCGCCGGCCUCCGCCGCUGCGGCAAGAGUUGCCGCCUUCGCUGGACCAACUACCUGCGCCCUGAUCUCAAGCGUGGCCUCCUUACCGAUGCCGAGGAGCAGCUGGUUAUUGAUCUCCAUGCCCGCCUCGGCAAUAGGUGGUCCAAGAUCGCAGCAAGACUACCAGGAAGGACCGAUAAUGAGAUUAAGAACCACUGGAACACCCACAUCAAGAAAAAGCUUCUCAAGAUGGGAAUCGAUCCAACCACUCACGAACCCUUAAACAAAUCGCCCGUCUCCAAAGAAACAUCUUCCCAAACAGACCCUCACCUGCCGGAAUCCACCGCCCAUUCCCUUCAACCGACCCAAACCGCCGGCAUCGCCGUCAACUCCGACGACACCUCCAGCUCGCCGGCCGAAAAUUGCUCCGGCGACGAGUCCCUAUUGGAAACCAGCAAGUCCAACGACGACCCACUUAUGGGUUGUCUUUGGGACGACGAAAUGCCCUUGUCUGACGCGCCGUGGAAGUUACCGGCCGCCGGCGACGGCUACGAUAAUAGCGUUGGCCUGCCAUCAUGGGAGGAGAGCUGUGCGUGGUUAGUGGAUUGUGAGGAUUUUGGAAUUCAAGAUUUUGGUUUCGAUUGUUUCAAUGAGAUCGAAGUCAAUACAUUGAACACGUUAGAGAUGGGAGACAAGCACUAGCAGACAGAGAAAAGAGGAAGAAUCGCCGAGAAGUACGUACACAAAUAGUAUUACGAUUGUUGAAUUGAAACCUCAAGUCUAAGCAGAGGUUUCUCAACAGCUAAAUCAAGAAAAUAUUGAAGCAUUACAAGGUGAUCGAAAAGACGGUUCCUUUGAAAAUGUUGUAACUAUUUGUACUUGUUUAGCAAAGAGAUAGAGACACACGGGCACCUUCAAAGUGUUGGAGGAUCAUGUGAAUAUGAUGAAACCUUUGUAUAUAAUGUAUUUAUCUUGGAAAUAAAGAAAAAAAAAAAAAGCUCUUUAAUUUAUUGUAAUUUAAAAAAAAAAAACAUUAUUCUUGUGUUGAUGAGAGACAUUUGAUUUGAAUGUAUAUCAAUUUAGAAAAAAUUUAAUGCAAAAUUGUAACGAGUUUUAUCCA